UACCUUCACAUGAGAUUCAACAAAGAGAUUAGAGUCAUUGGCUCAGUGAUUUUGAUUGUUCAAACGCUAAUCUACAUGGCUUUUUUGCUGUAUGCUCCUUCCUUGGCACUGAACGCAGUGACUGGUGUCCACUUGUGGGGGUCAGUAGUCGGAAUGGGAUGCGUGGUGACAUUUUAUACCACAAUGGGUGGUAUGAAAGCAGUGGUGUGGACUGACACAUUUCAAGCUGGUGUAAUCGUUGCUGGUCUCCUGGCUGUACUAAUUCAGGGAUCGAUCGUGCAGGGAGGCUUCGCCAAAGCUUGGGAAACAGCAUAUUCGAAUGGCAGGAUUAUAUUUGAUAAUUUCAGUUUGGAUCCAAAAACUCGCCAUUCUGUGUGGUCUAUGGUGUUUGGUGGAUGGGCAUUCUGGAUGCACUUAUACGGAGUCAACCAAGCUCAAGUUCAACGUUGUCUGUCAUGUUCAACAGUCCGUAAAGCUCAGAUAGCCAUGUGGAUCAACAUGCCGGGUCUGGCGUUCAUCGUUAGUGCCUGCUGCAUGAUUGGUGUUGUCAUGUAUGCAUUUUAUGCGGACUGUCAUCCAAUCACAUACGGUCUAGUAGCCAAAACCGAUCAGCUGGUUCCUCUAUAUGUAAUGGAUGUUCUCGGCAAUUACCCGGGUCUUCCUGGAAUCUUUGUUUCUUGUGUAAUUAGUGGAAGCUUAAGUUCCUUGUCUUCAGGGCUGAAUGCUCUAGCGGCAGUCACAUUACGAGACCUUUUACAGCAAUCAUGUGUACGUAGUGUUGGUGAAUUCAGGUCUACAAUCACGUCAAAAUGCAUAGUUGUUUUCUAUGGCUUGAUCUCCAUUGGACUGGCCUACGUUGCAUCUCACCUUGGAUCCGUGUUAGAGGCUGUCUAUACAGUUUUUGGUAUUCUCAACGGUCCAGUUCUUGGGGUUUUUACUCUAGGAAUGUUCUUUCCGUGGGCAAACAAACAUGGUGCCAUGUGUGGACUGUUGGCGUCACUUGCUUUUUUAUUCUGGAUAGGGAUAGGGGCUUUUGUAAGUGGUGAAAGAGCGUUGCCUUCCCCAACCUAUGUCACAGGCUGCAAUUUUACAGCCAAGCCGUUACAAGCAUCUGCUGCAAACUUGACAGCGGUUGUCAAUGGGACUGCUAACCACAGGUAUGUCAUAGUCGCCAGAACUUAG